UCUACGGAAAUCUCGGAAAUGCACAAAAAUUUCGACAACAUUGAGGGAAACACAUUCCUGGCCAAGGCUACUCUUUUGGAUCCGAAAAAUCUGCUGAAAACAUGGGAUGAAAUAGCGUACAAGUACCCGCAGUUGUACAAAAUAGCUCAAGUGUACGUUCCAGCUGUUGCAACUUCGGUCCCAGCCGAGCGUUUAUUUUACCUGGCUGGUCGAAUUUUAAGCGAUGAAACGAACCGACUUACACCUGAGCAUUUCCAACAAAAAAUUUUCCUUGCCGGACUAGGGACGGAAGUUUGGGAGACAACGCUUAAUAUUUAG